AUGAAUUUUUGGGGAGUAAUAUUAUUGGCUGGUUUCCUUUUGAUUGCUACUUUCCUCAUUGGGCUAAUCCCGCUAUACUAUAUUGAUAAACAGAGAAGUUCUAUCGUGAUUGAUCAAGAAGGUGAUGAUUCAAACUCCGAUAUUAGCACAAAUGCAAACAUGCAAACGAGUAGCAGUGGAAUUAGUGGCUACCGUGUCAAAAUUGCCGUUCUAUCCCAAUUUGGUAUAGGGAUGUUGCUAGGAACCUCGUUCAUGUUGGUAAUACCAGAAGGUAUCAAAGCAUGUGUAGAACAUAAUGGUAAUAUCGGACUAAUUUUGCUAAUUGGGUUUUUAGGAGUUUAUAUUAUCGACAGGUUGGUGACGUUAUGGAUUUCCGGAAAGCAAACAAUAUAUACACAUGAUGCUGUAAAGUUUCAAAGUUGGAAAGACAUAAUAAAUCAUCCAAAACAAAUAUGGAUGAAUUUAAUACAAAAUAAUGUGGUAUUCGCAUUAUUCAUUCAUGGAUUGACCGACGGAAUUGCGCUCGGUACCACAACAAAUAACGAUUCGUUACUUAUUGUGGUUUUGAUUGCCAUCGUGAUUCAUAAGGUCCCUGCAGUUCUUUCGUUAACUAGUUUAAUGAUAUCAAGACAGAAUUUAUUAAAAUGGGAGGUCAUCUGUAAUGUUUUCUUGUUUGCAUCAUCCACACCAAUUGGAUACAUAGUAUUAUCCGUUUUGAAUUUGAGUCAAUCCUCAACAAUGGAUCGGAUUAGUGGAUAUCUUUUGUUAAUGAGUGGUGGUAGUUUAUUGUAUGCCUCUUUCACAGCAUUUGUUGGUGGAGGCUCACACGAUCAUGACUUGAGCGUAGAAGAGGAAGUUGUUUUACCCCAUGAUGAAUCCAUUUAUGUGUUGCUAGGUGUGAGCAUUCCGUUAGUGAUAUCGUUUUGCAUUUCUGAAGACUAG